GCAACUAAUGGCUAAGUUUGUAUAGGUGUUCUGUGCUAAGCUCUCCCCGCGCACCGUGCCCCGUGCAUAAAGCUAUAUAAGUGUUUGACAAUGCCUGUUGCUGACAACUCCAUAACUCCUAGCUGGGCUGAUCGGGUCGAGCAGGGUGAAGAUGUCCCUCUGCCGGCCCUGCCCCCGCAAGUCUCGCAAGUUCCGCAUGUGCCACAAGUUGAAGUCGCUGAUGGGGAAGAGAAAGUCACUACCGAAUUUCGCGAAGACGAAGAAGGAAGGAAGGUUAAGGUGUUGCGGCACUACAAGGUAGAGAGAAGGCAGGUCUCGAAGUCUGUAGCAAGAAGGAAGUCAUGGAAGAAGUUUGGAGCAGCCAAGAAUGACCCGCCGGGCCCAAAUGCAGCCACCACAGUGGUGGGUGAGGAGAUCCAGAUGCAGUUUGUGAGUGCCCAAGAGGAGGAAACAAGCCCUGAGGAGGACAUGCUGGCCAAGCUACGCAGCCAAAAGACCAAAAUGGUCAAGUGCCGCAUCUGCAAGGAGGACCACUGGACUACGCAGUGCCCAUUCAAGGACAAGGUGGCUCUGCCUGAGCACCUCAAGGAGGAGGCCAAGCCGGUUGCUGCUGUUGAGGUUGAAGAGAAGGUGAAAUCUGGGAAGUACAUUCCACCAAGCAUGCGUGAAGGUGCCAACCGCCGUGGAGAGUCGAUGACACAGUCCCGCACCAGGGAUGAGGCAGCGACAAUACGAGUGACUAAUCUGUCAGAGGAUGUGAGAGACUCGGACCUUCAGGAUUUGUUCCGGCCCUUUGGUCAGAUUGCAAGAAUUUACCUGGCCAAGGACAAGGUCACUGGGCAGUCAAAGGGAUUUGCGUUCAUCAAUUUUGUGCAUCGUGAAGAUGCUGCGCGGGCUAUUGCUAAUGUCAAUGGCUUUGGCUACGACAACCUCAUCCUUUCUGUGGAAUGGGCGAAGCCUUCCGGUACUGCAUGAAAGGACCAGCAGUGAAUCAACCUGUGAUUUUAAGUAAUUAAAAUGCUAUCAGGGAUUA